AUGUGGAAACUUUUUUGCGUAACAUUAUUAGCUUGGGUGUCGUUGAAAUCUUUUACUACUGGACAAGAAUAUCUUCCACCUAAAGUAAAUACAGGAGGCGGUGGCAAAAAGCCCAUUGUUGAACCAACUCUACCAGCAAAUUACGAAUUUACUUACGACGUUCAAGACAAUGCUGUUUCCUUAGACUUUGGUCAUAAUGAAAAACGUAAAGAUGAGCGUGCUCAAGGUUCCUACCAUGUGCUUCUACCUGAUGGUAGAACUCAGCUUGUAGAAUAUGAAGCUGGUCCGGACGGUUAUCGGCCACAAAUAAUGUAUAUGGGCACAGCAACAUAUCCAUCGCAGACCGGCGGCGGAGGAGGAGACAAGUUCGAUGGAUACCAUUACAAUGCAGCUUCUAAUCGCCAAAGUACCAGACAAGCAGCGCCCCGCGGCCGGCAGCCGGGACCCGCCCCCUCGCCCGCGCCCGCGCCUCCCCUACUAUAUGUAGCAGGCAAUGCGACACAA